GAAGAAGAAGAAGAAGAAGAAGAAGAAGAAGAAGAAGAAGAAGAAGAAGAAAAAGAAAAAAAGAACAAGAACAAGAACAAGAACAAGAACCUUAGCAGCAGCAGCAGUGACUUGCAGAAGUAGCAGCAGUAGACAUUACCGUGGAGCCUGACACAGGACUGGCAGAGGCAUGUCCUGUGCUCGUGCAUGCGGCUUAGUGCGCAUGUGCGCAGCACUGAGAGCUCAAAGCUGGCGCCAAGACUGAAGCUUGUGCCGGCCUCAAAGAGCUGCAUGCUACCCACAGUUAGCAUCAUGACAGCCACCUCGUACACAGCUACAGAUGACGAGUGACACUGUAGCGUCGUUCACUCAACUUUGUGCUACUUAGUUUAACCUAGAUAAUUGCGAGACACAAUGACUUCACUGACUCUGAACGGAGUGACCGUCAAGUUUCCCUUCACUCCGUAUGAAUGCCAGAAGGAUUUCAUGACGAAAGUGCUUGAAUGUCUUCAGAAAAAGGUGAAUGGAGUUCUGGAGAGUCCUACAGGCACUGGGAAAACCCUGUGUCUGCUAUGUGCCACCCUAGCCUGGCGAGAGAACUUCAAAGACACCAUUUCUGCUCGCAAGAUAGCAGAGAGACUGGGCGGGGCAGAAAUGUUCCCCAACACACCCCUGUCCUCUUGGGGGACAGCUGCCACAGAUGGUGACACACCAACCUUCUACACAGAUGUUCCCAAGAUCAUAUAUGCCUCCAGGACACACUCUCAGCUCGCUCAAGUUAUCACUGAGCUAAAGAGUACUUCAUACAGGCCCAAGACAUGUGUAUUAGGAUCAAGAGAUCAGUUGUGCAUCAACCCUGAAGUAAUGCGUCAGGAGAGCGUUCACAUCAAGGUUCAUAUGUGCAGGGCAAAGGUGUCCUCCAGGUCGUGUGUCUUCUACAGUAAUGUUGAAGAGAAGAGCACUGACAAAGAAUGUGUGAAUUCCAUCCUGGAUGUGGAAGACCUGGUUAAAUUUGGUAACAAACAGAGGGCCUGUCCUUACUAUCUGUCCCGUUCAUUGAAACAGCAAGCAGACAUCAUAUUCAUGCCUUAUAACUACCUUCUGGACCCAAAGAGCCGCAGAGCACACAAUAUCGAGCUGAAAGGGGCAGUGGUCAUCUUUGAUGAGGCUCACAAUGUGGAAAAGAUGUGUGAAGAGUCAACAUCAUUUGACCUGACUCCCUAUGAUCUGGCCUCAGCCAUUAAUGCUGUGGACAAACUGCUUGUAGAGCAGGCUAAAGAUGCUGUAUCUGAAGACUUCAAUGCAGAAACCCUCAACUCUGGUUUAAAAAUGGAAAUCACCACCAUUGCUAAAAUAAAACAGAUUCUCUUGGAUCUGGAAGCUGUCAUCGAUUCCUACGAUGUUUCACAUGGCACAGGGAUCACCAAACCUGGAAGCUUCAUUUAUGAGCUAUUUGAGAGGGCUCACCUGAACUACGACACCAAGACAGUCAUCUUUGAAGCUUUGGACCAGAUCAUUAGCUACUUGUCAGGACAGACAACAAUAUUCAUGAACACAAGUGGAUUGCAGAAGCUGGCUGACAUCAUACAGCUGGUGUUCUGCGGUGAGCCAGAAGAGGCGAAGAAAGGAACAUACAUGCAGUCCAACACUGCUCAGUUCAAGGUUCAUAUCCAUCAGGACACCAGCCAUCACAAGAAAAAACAAAACACAGAUAUAUGGGCUACAUCUUCAUCUAACAAGCAAGGCAACAUCCUAAGUUAUUGGUGCUUCUCGCCUGGGUUUAGCAUGCAGGAUCUGGUGAAUCAAAGUGUGCGCUGCAUCAUUCUGACAAGUGGUACCUUGUCUCCUCUUUCCUCAUUCACCUCCGAGAUGCGGAUCCCCUUCCCUGUCACCCUGGAGAACAGCCAUGUGAUUCAGAAAGACCAGAUCUUCGUUAGCAUUGUUGACCAAGGGCCAGAUGGGGUGAGGUUAAGUUCAGCAUUUGAUAGGAGGUUUGUCCCUGAAAAUAUGGCAUCUUUAGGCAACACUGUUGCCAACAUGAGCCGUGUGGUUCCUCAUGGUCUGUUAGUGUUUUUUCCCUCUUACCCAGUGAUGGAAAAAACAUUGGAGUUCUGGAGAGCAAAUGGGCAUGCAAGCCGCAUUGACACCAUAAAGCCAAUGUUUAUUGAACCAAGGGGAAAGGGCACCUUCACAGAGGUUAUUGAUGGAUAUUACAGCAAAAUCAAUGACCCAGUAUCCAAAGGAGGCAGCUUCUUUGCUGUCUGUCGGGGAAAGGCUAGUGAGGGGCUAGAUUUUGCAGACACCUUCGGCCGAGGGGUCAUCAUCACAGGCUUGCCGUUCCCCCCUAAGUUGGACCCUAGAGUGAUUCUAAAGAUGCAGUUCUUGGAUGAUAUGUGCCGGAAGAAGGUUCCUGGAAUGAAGUAUCUGUCUGGGCAGGUUUGGUAUAAGCAGCAGGCUUUCCGUGCUGUGAACCAGGCCAUUGGUAGAGUCAUCCGCCACAGAGAGGAUUAUGGUGCCAUCUUCCUGUGUGACGAGAGGUUUAAAAACUCAGGUGCCCGAGACCAGCUUCCAUCAUGGUUGAAGCCUCAUUUGCGUCAGUAUGACAACUUUGGGUAUUUGGUCCGUGACGUCACUCAGUUCUUCAGGGUUGCACAGAAAUUGAGGCCCAUGGUAGAGAAGAAGGCAGAGGCUGCAGCUGGGAGCAGCAGCACAGUUUGUUCUUCAGAAAGCCAGUUGUCCAGUUUCACGUCCGGCACACCCUCCCACAGCUCCCAUACCCAGAAGGCCAAGGUGCUGGAUGCCCAUAUUCCCAGUCUGAAGAGAAGGAGACUGAAUGAACAGACAGAAACAGCUGGGAUGGCCAGGUUUUGUAUAGAAUAUGAGACUGACAUACAGGGCAGCCAGAGGAAGAGACCAGCUGGCCUGCUGGAUGCCCUGGAGCACAGUGACCAACCCAAUGAAGAGGAGGCUGCUGUGGGAGAGGAGAAGGCAUACCGUUUAUCCACACUGUCUCUUCAGUACGACAAGGCCAUGGAUGAGGAGUCACGAGGAGGAAAACGGAAAAUCAAACUGAUCCAGGAACAGAAAAUCCCCAUUACAGAGGAUGUGUCUGAGGAAGGCAAAGCAGACAAAGCUAAGAAGUUCCUGGCAGAGAUGAAAAAAUCACUGAGCCAGGUAAAUUUUGAUCGAAUUGUGCAAGCUCUGCAAACCUACAAGAGGACUGAUAACAUCGAUGUCCUGUUGACUGAUGCAGCGGACCUCUUAGCUGGAGAUGCCAAUACUCACAGUCUUCUCCGGGGUUUCUACCAGUUUAUACGGCCACAUCACAAAAAGACGUUUCAUGAGAAAUGUCAGGAGCUGACCGGCCAAGGCUGUGGAUACAAACCUGAUCACUCACUCUCAAAGGAGGAGAAGGAAGCACUGAUACUGAGGAGAGCAGGAGACAAACAUCCUGUUGCGGCUGUCACCUGUUCCAGCAGCUCUUCCUGCAGUCAGCUGAACACCCUGCAGCUCAACAAGGGAGGACAGCACCUCAGUCACCACGGCCUAAAGGAACCUCACACUGGUUCCUUAGCAACGGUUCAGCCAACUCCAAAAAAUAAAAUCCAUGUAGCCUUUGUAGCUGAUGUGAAAAAGGCCAUCGGAGCAGAGAAAUGCAGCCAACUGUUUGUGGCCAUUCAGAACUAUAAGAAGACAGACAACUACGAAACCCUGGUGUCCACAGUGGUGAACUUGUUAACAGAGAAAGACGAUGACUUCACUCUUCUUGUCAGAUUUGGCAUGUUCGUUCGGCCUCACCAUAAGAAGCAGUACAAAACCAUGUUGGAGGCUUUGUUAGGUGCUCCACUUCCCACCACCGACUUUGUUGAUGAGAAUGCAGACCAGUCAACACAAGCAUCAGCAACACCGUCAUUGAAGACACAAAGCAAGAUUUCCAAUUUCUUCUCGGACAGCCAAAGGAAAUAGGAUUGGUGUUGAGGUGACAUAAUGUGUUGUCAGCUCCAUGUGUGGUGUUGUGCACCACUGAAGCCACCUGAAUUGUCCAAAGCAGCAACUCUUCUCAAACUUGAAAUGAUGAAUUCAUUUGGCCAGGCUUUCAUGAGGCAUCUAGCACUGACAUCGGACUUGGCAUUUUUGAGAAGGACUUAAAAAUGCAGCAGUCUAAAGCACUGCGCUAUAAUAUAAAGUUCCAGACUAAUGAAAACCGAGCCACAGCCAUUAAGCCACAGGUGUCAAACUGGUGCCAUGGAGGGCCAAGAGGCUGCAGGUUUUCAUUCCAACCAACAACUCCACCAGGUGAUUUCACUGAUUAGUCCCACCUCUCUGUUUGGAGGUAGGGUGAUCAGUGAAAUCACCUGGUGGAGUUUUUGGUUGGAAUGAAAACCUGCAGCCUCUUGGCCCUCCAUGGCACGAGUCUGACACCCCUGCAUUAAGCUUUCAACAUUCCACAUGAGGACGUGUUGAGUGACUGAAGAACGUCAGGGUUUGGACCCACAUCAUCAUCUUGAGUUUUCAUUUAUCCAUAACUGCCACUAAUUGAAUAUCCAACUCCUUUGUAUUGAUUAGGAAGGCUUGAAAUAUUGUUAUGGGGGCGAUGAGAUGGCUAUUGUUUUUAAUUUAUUUCUCAUAAUGCACCUCAAAUCUGAGGUCAGAGAUCACACUAUCACACUGAGCAAAUACAAGUUUUUACUAAUUUAAAAUGAAUAUCAUGCAAACUUUGUGCUAUUUAUUUUUAUAUGUUUUGUAUUAAAAUGAAAAACAAAAAAUCUUACAGAACUCCUGUUUCUUUCCUCAUGGAAACCAGAAUAAAUGUGUGAAUAAGAA